AUGGACACUUUCCCGUUGGACAGAAUGGUAAAGAAGAAUGACGAUUAUAAUUCAUUUUACGAAUGUAGGAAAAAUGAAAAUGAGGUAAGGAAACUCUCUGUGGGUGCAUUAAGUAGGACAACUUCUUGCAGGAUGGAGGAAAAGGACAGCGCCAUCCAUAAGGGGGCUGCUAUAAAUGAACACCCCAGUAGAGAGAAGAAUAUCAUUCAAUCAUUUGGAAACAUGCGAUACAUUCAUAACGGAGGAAACAAAGUCCUUCGAGGAGGAGCUCAAAAUAGUAGGAAUGAUCGAAAUAACGCGAUGUUGACAUCCGGAAGUGAACUGGAUGAAGAAGAUGAUCAAACGGAUGAUGAAGAAGAUUCAAGUUGCAUAGAAUGUGUCUCAAAUGAUGACAAUUCGUAUUACUCUCUGUACGAGGGGUAUAAAACGAAUUACAUAAUGGAAUCCCUGUUUGAUAGAAACUCAUUUGUGUACUUCCUGGUCCCGUUUAAUAAAUACAGUUAUACAAAUUACUACACAAAUUGGAACAAGCUAAGUUUUCGCAUGUACGCUUCUCUAAAUUCUGUGCAAGAGAAAUCUGUUAGAAGAAAGAGGAAAAUAAACUACGUUGGCAGGAGCAGAAGUGAUAGCAAUGCUAGUGAAGUGGUUAUGUUGAAGGGGACCGUUGCUGCAUUGGCGGAUCAGGCAAGAGGGGGAGGCGCUUUCCAAAGUGGUGUAAAGAGUGGUUUCCCCGCGCGUGAGGUUCGGAAGUAUCAUGGAAAAGCAAUAAAUGCGGAGGUGGAAUCUCCGCUGAGUGGAAGACUUCCCUCGCAAUCUAGCGACCACUACAGUGAUAUCGAUGAUGUGAAUUUUAGGAACCCUCUAAUCAAGAUUAUGAAUAGUUUUCUCUACUUCCUCCUUUUAAGUGAGUUCUUUACCUUUAAUGAGGUAAUCAAACUAAUGCCUUUGUGCAAAUGUUCAUAUGAAAUAUUUAAUAGAUUCUUUUAUGUCAAUGUCCAUGUAAAUCCGUUCAGACAAAAUGUUAAGGAUAUUAUACGUUUUUUAAAUGAAAAUAAAGAGUAUCAGUUUUAUAUUUUGAAGGGGUCAAACUGUAUGGAGGAUAAUUGGGACAGUCACCUCGAGAUGAAGAGGGAGCUACUCACUUACGAGUCGCUCAUCGGUCGGGUGCAUGACCCUGAGGAUGGUCCCUCAAACGGAGGCCUAACCUCAAGCACAAAAGAUUCCACUUUAAACAAAGCAGAGAAAUUUAGAGGUGGAAAUUCGGAUGGACAAUACGGGGUACCCCCCCCAGGUGAUCUCACCACGAACAAAGAAAUGGAAGAAUGUGCUACAGGGAAUAACCCCAUGGGAAGGAAAUACUCAACAAAGGAGGGAGGAAAACGAUCGGGGGAUAUAGACCAGUGUACUAGUAGUAGUAGUAGUAAUACCGCCCUGGAUAAAGCAAAGGAGAGUAUAAAAAAUGGAGAGAAGGUACUUCACACAAAUAAUAUUAUGAACAUGAGAUACUUGUUCAGUUUGUAUGAAUUCAUUCGCAUCUAUUUAAGCAAGGAAAACAGAGAGGGUGUAAUUUUUUGCACCUCGGAUGAUAAAUUUAAACGUAGCUCGAGCAGAAGCAGAGAAGUUUUUUAUGAUGAUAUUUUUCCAUAUGGAAAUAAAAUCAGCUCUUUUGAAUAUAAAAUAAAAUUAAAGAAGCAUGUACAGAGGAGAUGGAACUUGAAAAGCAACUACGUGCAUGAGAAUUACUUUGUGCAUAAGACAAGGGGGUCAAAUGGUGCACAGGGAGGUUUACUGAAAUUGAUUCACAACAAGCACAGUCAGUUGUAUCCCUCUUUUAGUUCCUUCCUCUCCAUGGACAAGUGUGGGUGUAUAAAUUUGUGGAAGGUCAACGAUGUGAAUUCCUUGCUUCCUACUCGUUUGCUGGAGGCGCAGCUCACAUGGGAAGGGAAGAACGCUCUUUUUCCCAGGGAUGCGGUGAACCUGAGGGAUGAUACAUUCCUUGUGGCUGACGAGUCGGCUAUAUAUUCCUUCUCAUUGGAAGGAACGAACCCUAUAUCGGCGAAGCGAAUCGCGCACCUGGACGCUCAGCGAAUCAGUGAAGGAGGAAAAGUGAAAAACAUAGUGAUGAGUGACAAGGGAAAAUGCACCGUGGGGCUUAACGAAGCGAUAUGUUACCGUAUAGACUUAGAAAGCGGGGCGGUGGAGAGCGAAAAAAAACUGAUGGAAAAAUUGAAGAAAAUUACCUGCUUCGAUUAUAAUACCAACAUAGUUAUGAGCAAAAAAAACAUCAUCAUUGAUGAUAAGAGAAUGCCAAACUACGUCUCUUACGUGAAUUAUAAUCUAAUUGACUAUGAUAAUGAUAAAAAAUAUUUUAACAGUGAAAAUUAUUUUCAAGAUUUUAGUCUAACGGGUAUAUCGCUAACUUCCCUAAAUUCAAACAAUUCCAUUUUUUUAUUUGAUCUGAGGUAUAAGUACCCCUCCACGUGUUUGCAUUACGAAAGUCCCAUUACAGAAACGCAAAGUUAUAGAGAAAAUGAGAAAAUGCUUUACUUGCUCAAUUUGAAACGAAAUUAUAACUCGAGAUCCUACUGCAGUAAUAAAAAGUACAGUGGUUUCCACGAUAACAUAAUUUUGAAUCCGUUGGUGACACCCAAGAAGGAGGUUGUAAAUAAAGGAGAGGAUAAUUUGGUAAAAGAUAAAAUCCUUUCCGAUGAGUCAUUUAUUUAUACUAUUGUAAAAGAGGGAAAGGACAGAGAAAUGGAAGGGUGUAACUUACCUACUUCCUUCCUGAAUAUGUGGAGAUGGUGUGAUAAAAGACAAUUUAAAACAUUUUUUCAUUACCAUGAAGACAUAACAGCUGGAAAGAGGAAUUAUUCCGAUAUGUUUGUUUCAUCCCCAUCGGAGAAUGCAUCAUCAUCUUACGUCAGUGCGGAAUGCAGUAGCGCAUCCAACUUGGGAGGUGACUUUUUUUCAUCUGGGGAGGCUUCGGAAGCCAGUUCAGGGCCUUAUUACUACAGAGCACUAGCUUUUGAUCAAAUUUACAAAUUUGUGGACACUCCAAAUCAUUUAUUCCUUACCUAUGAACAUUCGAACUAUGUUCAUUCACUGUUGUCUCCUUCGCAUGGGCUCGAGCUGAAGACCUCCCUGAAGGAGGUUCCUUUUUUCAUGCAUCCCACCAAUUUGUAA